AUCCUCUGCUCGUCAGUUGGUCGUUUAGCGUUCAGAAGAAGACAUAUAAUUAAUGAGUGUCUUGGUCCUCUCACAAGAGCCUUUGUCGGUUGCUUUUUGUUGGGUUCUAUAGCUAGCAGCUAUGGCAUCUUCUUCAAGAGGUCGAGAAUCGGAUGAGAGACCCCAUGUUUUAGCAGUGGACGAUAGUUUAGUAGAUCGCAGACUCAUUGAGAAGCUCCUCACCAGCUCUGCAUGCAAAGUUACGACUGCAGAGAACGGGCAAAGGGCUCUCGAGGUCUUAGGCUUGGGAGAUGGACAACACGCCAACAACUGUGUGUCAGAGAUAAACUUGAUAAUUACCGAUUACUGCAUGCCAGGGAUGACAGGGUAUGAGCUAUUGAAGAAGGUCAAGGAAUCAUCCAGACUCAGAGAGAUACCAGUUGUCAUAGUAUCAUCUGAGAACGUCCCAACCCGGAUUAAGGAGUGCUUGGAAGAAGGAGCUCAAGAAUUCAUGCUAAAGCCUCUCAAUCAAUCAGAUGUAAUGAAAUUGAGAUGUUAUAUGAUGAAAUUAAGCUACCCAUCCAAAGGACAGCUCUGCAUUGGGAGAUAAAAGUUAGCAACUCUGAAAUGAUGGAUUUGAUAGAAAGAAAGGUAUUAGGUAGGCAGAGAUUUGUAUCAACAUCAAACUUGUUAUCAGUUGAACAAUCCUCUUUUGUAUGUUCAUAUUUUGUUCCAUUAAUAUCUAAAGAAAUUUUAAUUUAAGAAAAUGUU